AUGACACUGACUGCCUACUUGGGAUUACUGUCAUUGGGUAGCACCACCGAGAGCCAAACUGGGGCUGAAGGUGAACAAGCCGGACAGGACGUUUGUCAUUUAAGAGCAAUGUCCCGAGCGGUCAGACGGGCGGAAAUCGAUGUCGUGUCUACAGUUGCUCAUCACAGUACCCCUUGGAUGGCCAAAGAAGCCAAAGAGAAUGCGGCUGGAGUCACACUUGCCAUCGGUACGAUGGUGGCCAAUUAUACUUUAUGCUUUCCAGUGGUCGUAGCGAGGCAUCGUUUGCAGUCGUUUCCUCAUCGCGAUUGGCGUAGAGACAAUCCGUGGUCAUGUGCUCAAUCACUAUGGCGGUUAUACAAAACGUCUGGAUUCCGGGCGCUUUAUCCUGGAUUUGGCCUUGGUUUGUGCGGUCAGGCACUCAGUGCCGGUUAUGAAUCGCUGGUCAAUGAUAUGAUGCGCAAAAUACGUCCAGUUCGAUUAUCGCUACGAUUAAUGACGUUGGCGCUUGGCAGAUUAUUGACAUUGGCAGUGCAUAUACCGCUUUAUCCGCUGUAUCGUAAUGCUCUGAUACUUCGAGUACAAACAUAUUCCGUCAACAAGUGCAUCACCAAUUACAAAACCUUUUUACAAUUUUAUUUCCGCGAUCUGGCUCGAUUUAUACCUUGGCGAAAAAGUCAUCUGCAUUAUUCACUCCCUCUAUCCUCGACGUUCGUGCCCUCCUGCCUUCUCAACAUUGUCACGGAAAGGAUGCUAAUGCAUCUGUACAAGUACAUUUAUCGACACUUUACAAGCGAUCUUCAUACAGAAAGCAAAAAAGACAAAAAUUCCGAAGUGCAGGGAACGAGCGAUACGGACGAACCAAACCUGGGACGAAGUAGACGAUCCAUGGAGGAAGAACACGGCAUGUUGCACACAUUUUAUCCGGAACUCGCAUGCGGUGUCGUGAGUAGCAUUAUCGUUCGUGCUCUCAGCUACCCAGUGGACACAGUUCUGUUCAGGCUUUUAUUACAAGACAGUGGAGUUCAUUCAAUCAAUACGACUUAUAGAGGGUUCUUUGACUGCAUACGGCGAACUUGGCUAGACGAAGGUGGAUGGCGAGCAUUUUAUCCAGGCUGGGGUGCAGGCGUACUGGAGCUGUUUGUCGGCUAUGCGAUUUUGGAGUUGUCUUGGUGGACUUAUCGUGCUGUGGACUGGAAUAUGCGAUCGUCCGCAGGUUCUGAUAUUCUCACCGUUGGAAAAGCCCGUCGUUUAAAUGAGCGGUUCAAUUCUUCUGGGGUAGAUCAAUCGUCUCUAUGA